CACCUUACAUUUCUUACUUGGGCCUGGCUCAAUCAGCCAGCCUUUUUUUUUAUGAAUCAGCCCAUCCUUAUUCCUUCUUGGCAUAAGGGGGAAAAAAAAAGAGGCAAAGGCAAGCAGCAGCAACCGACAAAUAAAAUCCGAAUUACGAACCUAGGGCCCAGAAGCCCGGUGGGAAAGAGAGAAAAGCCAAAGUGGGGGAAAACCGCCAAACCGAUUGCUUUCCAGUUGCCAGUUUACGAUUCCUUCCCACCCUAGCGAUCUAUCUUUAUUGCCAUUGUCUCUCUCUCCCCGUUCUAAGUCGCCGACGUCGCGCAAGAACAGGUUUCUCCCCGAAAAUCUAUUCGGGUUCUCUAAUUCCGGUCACAAGAGUCUGAUCAGAAUCCUUGAACGUCAUGUACGGAUCCAGAGGGUAAGUAUUCCGCGAAACACCGUCUGCUUUUUCCCCUAGUUUAUUUCCUAUCUUACUCUGAUUGAAUUGCUCUCUUGCUCCCUUCGAACCCUAAUUCGUAAUCAAUCUGUCGACCGCCUUGUUGAAAGAUGCAUCACUUGUCCAAAUUAACGUGGUCCAUGUUAGGAUUGUUAGAUUUUUGUGGGAUUAGACUGAUUUGGGCGCAUGGAUUCUCUUUACAAUUUCUGCUAUCUGAAUCUCAUUACAGCUUCGGAUAACCAUUGUUGGCUGCUUAACCUGGGAUCAUCAUUAAUGAUUGAUUUGCUUCUUCAAUGUGCACUUGUUGUUCAUCUGCUAUUUGCUUUCGGUGGGUUCAAAUUUCAUGACGAUGGUUUUCUUAUUGUGGACUAGUAUAGCCUAAUAGGUAUGAGGGCAAUGUGGGUUGGGUAUGGUUUAUAUUAACAGGGUGGGAAUUUUCUUUUCUAUUUCCCCCUCUUUUGGGUAUUUGGAUAAUUGAAGGGCAAUGUUGGGAAGCGGGGGGGUUUCGGAUGGGUACGAGAUGGUGGGCUCAAAGAGACAGAGAAUGAUCGAAUCCAAUCCCUACUUUGCUGCAGUGACCGCCAAUGCUGCGGCCGUGACCGGCUUCCAAGUUCAGCCAUACGCCUAUGCCUCCUCCGCUGCUGCUGCUGCUGGAAUCCAGGCGCCUCCUUUCCCUGUGGUCCGCCUUAGGGGCCUGCCGUUCAACUGCACUGAUAUCGACAUCUUCAAGUUCUUCGUCGGGCUUGACAUUGUUGAUGUGCUCUUGGCCAACAAGAACGGACGAUUCACGGGUGAGGCGUUCGUUGUGUUUGCAAACUCGAUCCAGGUCGAAUUUGCCCUGCAGAAGGACCGCCAGAACAUGGGUCGGAGAUACGUCGAGGUCUUCAGGUGCAAGCGACAGGACUACUACAAUGCAGUUGCUGCUGAGGUGAACUAUGAGGGGAUCUAUGAUAAUGACUACCAUGGAAGCAGCCCGCCUCCAACUCGAGGAAAGAGGUUCGAAGAUAAGGAGCAGAUGGAGUACACCGAGAUUUUGAAGAUGCGAGGUUUGCCCUUCUCUGUAAAGAAACCUGAGAUUGUCGAGUUCUUCAGGGACUACCAGCUGGUGGAAGAGAGGGUUCAUAUAGCUUGCCGCCCUGAUGGGAAGGCUACCGGUGAAGCAUUUGUGGAGUUCGUAUCGGCAGAGGAGGCAAAAAGAGCAAUGAACAAAGACAAGAUGACGAUUGGGAAGAGGUAUGUGGAGUUGUUUCCUUCAACCCCGGAUGAAGCCAGACGAGCCGAGUCGAGGUCUAGACAGUGAUUGAAUGAGCGAAGGUUAGGAGGGAGUUUAUCUGCUAGUCUGGAAGUUAAGCGGGGGAUGUUUGCUUUUAUUCCUAGUAGCUUUUGUUUGAUUGGGAACUGGAUACUAAUGUAAUAUUGUAACUUAUGGAUGUUCUGGAUUCUUGUCUUUCUAUGGAUGAUCCUGUUUCUCAUAAACUGAUCGAAAACGAACCGACAUCUUUGAAGAAAAACACACAAAAGUUCACAAUGGAAGAAAGGGUUCGAUACCCAUGUCGUCUGCUCGACUCUUGCUUGCUUGGGUUUGUUUAGUAUAACUUGCCAAUAGAAUUCUUUCAUCUCGAGGAAAAGUGAAAAAUCAAAUCCGUUUCAACAAGUCUUAGGCUAGAGGUCGAUUUGUUCAUGUUCCGUGUGAGUUAGAUUUUACAGGGCUCCUUUCUAAUUUCUCUCGAAGUAUAAGGUCGAAGGUUCUAGCGGACUUAGAUUAUAUAAUAUGAUCCGAGUCGAGCUGAACUUUGCAUUGGUCGGGCUCGAUUUGUUAAAAUAUUUCCAAGCUCGAGCUCGUUAUGAAAAUGAAAGCUCGAGUUCGGCUCGCCAAAUAAGUUUAACGAGCCCAAAAUCAAAUUUAACUCAUCAAAUGUUAAUGAUAACUCAAGAUUGAGCUAGAAUUGAGCACAAAAUUGCAUUUAAACCUAUAGCAAAGUUUCUAACAAAAUAAAACACGAUAUUUAUCUCAAUUUCAAAACAAAAAGUUCAUGAAUUUCAAUCCUUUAUGAUGCCAAACCGUUAAAUGAGCUUGUACACGAGCUUUCGAGUUGAACAUGAUAUAGCUUGAGUUCGACUCGUUUAGUUAACGAGCAUGUUCGCGAGUCAGCUAGACUAACGCGAAUCGAGUGUCGAACAAGUUUUUCUCGAAUCGCACACCAAGUCGUUCAUGAGUGGCUUGAUUCAUUAACAACCAUACCAGGAGGGCUAUAUCCCCACUUAACUUCAAAAUACAAGUAAAUUUAUAUGUUACAAAUUUAGGAGAUAACUAAUCGCUAAAGCCUUGGCCUCCCUCUCAAAUCAUCACGAUUGAAAGUCAGCCCCCUCAUAUAGAUUUCUAGCUCCUCCACCGAUCGAAGGUAAGAAUACUACGUGGAAUUUCAGGAGUUGUCCUCAACUUGUUUCAAGUAUGGUCUUAUGGCUCUAUACCGAAGAUAUGCUCCUGUCGUACCCCUGCUGUCCUCCUUAACGAGAAAUCCAGUAAGGUGCCUGAGCUGGAGAAAUUAUAGGAGAAAGAGCGCAGAGCAGCAGACCAAGAGAGGUGACGAAGGCCAAUGGCCACGAAAUUAAAAAAAAAAAAAAAAAUCCAUUGGCUGAAGCACCAAGGAGCAAGCACCCGCUGCACGCCCAGAAUAGACAGCAAACAGCAAAAAGAACUCAUAAACAGGACUUGGGAAACUGCAGAAGGCGCAAACAAGUGUUGUCAAACAUGCAUCUAGCGUUCUUCUGGUAUUUGAGCCGACAUUUUGGAAAUAUCUUCUACAAGUCAGAACUCAGAACCAGAAAGCAAUCAACCAAAUCAAGAUCCACACUAAACAACAAAAUCGAGCGAGUGCCUGAUCAAGAAUGCAGCAGUUAUAACUCCGAUCCUUAGAAAAGGAAAACAGCAGAGUGGCACCCAAAUCUUGCAUUAAGGUACAUAGUUGUUAGCAUGAAGUUUGUACUAUAGUAAAAGGAAUACUUGCAAGAACCACUAUUUUGGGAUAACUAUAUACCAAAACUUUAAUAUACAAGUUCAACAAGG